UGACAAGAUUUGGAGAGGUACCAUGUCUUCAGCUUGGAAGAGCCCCCAUAGAUCAGAGCCAAUGCCAGAGAUCAUAGUAAAAAUCAUUGGAAGUAAACACUUUCGAUACUUCGUGGAAAAGCCAAAGAUAAAGCAGAAUGAGAAGUUGAAGACAGAAGAACCUCAAACCACACUCCAGAAACCCAGGGUUGAUUAUGCAAGGCAGGUGAGCAGAGAGCUUACAGGACCCACCAUCCCUUCUGAUCAGCAAAUCACUGCUAACCCAGCUGAUGAGGAAGAAAGCAAGCACUCAAGCAGCAGCCAGAAACCACAGAAUAAUCAAAAGUUCCUAACAGGAGUACCCAAAAACAGAAUCCUGGAUGGCAGGAUUUCCCAUGAUGCAAAUGUCUACUGUAGCUCUGUACCAACUGGAGACCAGUCUCUUUCCUAUAUACACUGUCUUCCCAGAAGAAAGUCUAGAGACUGGUCCUUGGAACAUAUAACAAAGGACAGCUCUGGACAACCUAAGGAAAUUGUCCAAAGGCCAAGUAUAAUGACAAGAGAAGAUUCUUUUCUACUCACUUUGGUCCGUAAAGAACUCAAGUCAUAUCCACUGAACUCCAGUCUGUGGGACAAACUUCUGAAAGAGAUGAAGACUCUGGAUCCUGUCUCUUCAGGGUUUCUCUUCCAGUUACAGCUGAGCAACCUCUUCCAAAGGCUUGAAAUCCCUCUGCAGUUACCAACAGUCAAGCUCCUCUGCCAAAGAUUUUCCAGAAGGGAUUCUCCUGAAAUGGUGAAUUAUGGAGAACUACUUUGGUUUUUAAAAGGGGCACAUUCAGAUAAAUUUCAGAAAAAUGGAACUGCUGUAUACAGUAAUCCAAAGAAAUCUCCAAGUCAAAGCCAACACGGAGAAAGCACACCACCUCAAGGUCCUGCCUUACUGUCUGAAGUGAACAAGAGCUUGCUGGAUAUUUUGAAGAUGGCACUAAGAACAUGCCAAGGCAAAUUCAACAUAGAAAACCUCAACCUAAGCCUUCGCAAAGAAGAUCAGUCCUUCUCUGGCUGCCUUCCCCUGCCCAAGGUCAGAGCUAUAUGUGGCAAGCAUGGAUUGUAUCUAACCUUGACCCUGCUGGAAACAUUGCUUAACCACCAAGAUUUGGGUUAUCAAGGUGAAAUAAAGUGGCAGAAUUUUGUUAAGUGGCUCAGCAGGGCUUCUUCUGAUUUGUUGGGUGAUUUGCCUGUAGGAAAGAAUGAAAAGGAAACCCCAGAGGACUUGGUUGAAAUCCUUGAGAGACCCCAAAGCAAAACUAAACAUGUGAAAACUCCAGAAGGGAAUCUGUGGCCAGAAAAACAUAACGCUAUGACUUCAGACCCACAAGAUCCUGUGAAGUCCUUUAAGAAUAGGCCAGCCUCCCUGCCUGUUUUGAGUCCAGCCAUGGAAAAGGAGGCUGAACAACCUGAGCUGUGGAUAGACAGGUUCAGGAAGCUGGAGAGCGCCCUCUACACUUGUGACCUGAGCAACACAGGAGUUCUGGAGAAGGAGAGAGCCAGACGCCUCAUCCACAACUACAAUCUCAUAUACAACCUGUCCUUGAGUCCUCAGAGAAUUGACCAGGCCUUGAAGAGAUUCCGUUCUGGAGAAAAUGUUAUCUUGGAGCCAGCACUGCGGUACCUAAAGGAACUGUGA